AUGUAUCUCGUCUGCAGUCAUCUCAAUCUCUGUGCACCAAAUCCAAGGCCUGAUGAACGACUUCUUGCUAAAUUAGGUACGAUAAAAUUGGAGAACAAAGAUGUUGAACUGAAUAUAGCGCUACAUGCGUUUGUUGUACUGGACGCUGAUGGUGUACGC